UAUCCUCUGUAGGAGUCAACAUGCAUUAGCCACGUCAGUUUCUAAAGUUAAACUUUUAAAAGAGAUUUUUCAAAGAGUUAUUUAUUCAGCUUAAUAAUGAACGUUUUUCGGCUUGCUGGAGAUUUAUCUCAUCUCUUGGCUAUUAUAAUAUUGUUGUUAAAAAUAUGGAAAACAAGGUCUUGUGCAGGUAUAUCAGGAAGGAGUCAGAUUCUAUUUGCUCUUGUCUAUACUACCCGGUAUCUUGAUCUUUUUACAAACUUUAUCUCUCUCUACAACUCUGUCAUGAAAGUUUUCUUCAUUUCAACAUCAUGUGCAACUAUCUACCUGAUGUAUGUGAAAUUCAAAGCUACAUAUGAUCAUAAUCAUGACACUUUCCGUAUUGGGUUUCUUCUGAUUCCUGUUACCAUCUUGGGACUUUUGAUUAACCAUGAUUUUACUCCACUUGAGGUUUUAUGGACUUUUUCGAUCUAUUUGGAAUCUGUUGCCAUCCUGCCUCAGCUGUUUAUGGUAUCGAAAACUGGAGAUGCUGAAACAAUCACUUCCCACUACUUGUUCUGUUUAGGCUUGUACCGUGCUCUUUACAUUUUUAAUUGGAUCUAUCGAUACUACUUUGAGGGUUUCUAUGAUCUGAUUGCCAUUGUUGCUGGAGUUGUCCAGACUGUGCUGUACUGUGACUUUUUUUACUUGUAUGUUACUAGAGUAAUAAAAGGAAAAGCAUUGAAAUUGCCAGCCUAGAUUCAUUAACUCUGGGAAAAUUGAACCUGGUCAUGUUACAUGUUGAAGUCCUCUGUGAAAGAAGAAAAGAUUUGCUAUGUCUUUGCUAGUAAUUUUGUCUGUACUCACAAACUUUUGGGCUUCUUCAAAAAAAGAGUUUGAAUCUUGGCUUACUUGGACAUUUAUUUCCAUUUGCACUUGAAACUUGUCUUCCCUUACUACUGUAUCUGGAUUUUCUCUGUUCUAUCCAAAAUAUUUUAGUUUAUAAUGUUGAUAUAAACUAUAUUCAACAUGAUACAUGUACUUGAUUUUUUUCAUCAUAAUAUUCCACAACUGUGUGUAAAUUUGCUUUACGCUUUACUUAGAUAUACCUGGAAAACUACAGAUUGUAAUACCAGUAGCCUAAUACAAGUGUGUUAAAUUUUGUUUUUAUGAAUAGUCAUAAAUGUGUUUAUUUACUCUCUAAACCCAACCAACAUAUGAUUUGUUUAUAUCUUAAAUCAGUUUAAUUCCAUUAUCUUAAGUGAACGAUGUAAGACUGAUCUUUAAUCUUGAGAAAAGUACUUGUUUCGAUAAUGCAUGUGUGUUAAAACUAUCAAGGAAGUGUAACGUACAUAGCCGUGGGUGAUGGUUACAGGUACUUCCCAAUUUUUCUGAUUCACAUUAUGAUGCAAGAAUCAUAUUCUUGAUUAAUGCUGAUACAGUUAUAUUUAGUUCUUAUUUUCCAGUCAUUUAUUCUGAGCAAAAGAUAUAUAUAUGAAAUUAAUAAGGUAACUAAUAUCUUAGGGAAUAAGGUGAAAAGGUAGUUACGUCUGCAGAAACAGUUUUUUCUACAACAAAACCAUGAGUUUUGUCCGACCCUUCAAUAACAAUUUUUCCCAUAGUAAUUAAACACACAAACGAGUCAGGUGCUAGGCAAUAUCCUAUCAGAAAGUUUUUUAAGAGGAAUUUUGUACUUUAGAGUUUUACUGGUGUGAAACAUUUGUAAUGUAAUUGCAAUAAAUAUUGUAGGGCAGUAUUUCAUUGUAAUGUUUGUCCAUCUCAUCAUGCUGUGCUACAUUGUUCUAAUUUCCAAAUUUUGGAAUUUGUGUUUGUUUUCCAGGGCUUUAGUUGUUUCUAGAAUACAACAGAAAAAGUGAAGCUUUAUAUACUGCAUUUUUUUCUGUCUGAUUAUAAUUUUUUGAAUUAGUUUCAAUAUUUUGUUUUUCUAAGUCAAAAAUCUAUGCACUUUUAUGGAUUAUUGUCAAUAUAUAUUUUUGUUUAAUUACACUUAUAGUCAACAAAACAAAAUGAGUUAACACUUACUAAAAUAUCUACACUUCAACUAACCACAUUUAUAUCUUGUAAAAGAUGUGAAUGACACUAUAAUGUGAUUUUUUUUAAUAGUUUUCACCAUUAUUUAUCAAAAACUAGUAAAAAUACAAAGUUUCAUCCUACACUUUGAAUGUUACUGAGUUUAGCUUUACUGACUAGGUGAACUAGAGUUGUGGUAUUCUCUGUAUUAUUUUUACAUUGUAUUUUGUAAAGAUUAACUUUAAUAAGCCUUGAAAGUCAGUUUAUUCUGCUUUAGUUAAUGUGGUUUAAGUAUUUAAAUAAGUAUUCAUUUAUUGCUAUUUAUUGUAUUUUUCAGUAAAAAAACGAAAAACUAUAAGCUUCACAGUUUAAAGAAAUACAGAUUAGUUUCAAGGACCGAUAGAAGUGAAUGUUUAGACCAAAUAACGUUUCCAUGAUUGAAAUGUGUUUAGCAAAUUUUUGACCAAAUUUCUUUCUUGCAUAACUUAAAAGAUUUGUUUUUACACUUACUAUGUUUUAGCUGCAUUUCUUUGUUAAAUGUUUUACUAUAUAGGUAUUAUUUGAUAAAACAAUACUUUUCAUAAUUAUCUUUUUUUUUUUAUGACAUAACCAUGCUGCUUCACCCCUGAGUUAAAAACUAUGAUAUUUUGUGUGUAUCUGUUUACAAGCUUUUGUUCUUUGGUGGUCAAUUUUGAGUAAAAAAUAUGUAACUUUGAUUAUGUUUUCAGCUAAAUUACAUUAUCUAGACAUUUAUUUUUCAAAUUAUAUCUUCAUUUUCAACUUAAUUUUUUGAAAAUAGAAGUAUGUUCUCUGUUUAUAGCACAUUAGUAAGUGUAAUUCCCAAUAAACUAAUCUUAAAUUGAGAUGAGAAUAAUUGAGUAUAUACUAUCAAAUUACCACUAUAAAAGGAAACUUAUUUUUACUAUUGAGAACAGAUGUGUAUUAAAAGUCCUACAAGAUGAGUAUUCAGAAACAAUAGAAACCUUCAUUCUGCCCUAAUGAAUAGUCCUAAAUGUUAGGAUGUGUUGUGUGUGCAGUCAUUUGCAGUGUUCUUUCAUUUACAAAAUAACUGUUUUCCUACCAUUGCAUAUGAAAAGUUAGGCUUUAUUCAUUUUUUUUAUGCAUCAAAGAAUAAUAUGUGUGACUAAGCCUGUGAACUACUUUGUAUUUCUGCUCAGUAUUGUAACAAACUAUACUUGACAUCUCAGCCUUGUAUAUUUUUGAUGUUCACUUUGUUUCCAUUGCCACCAAAGUCAUUCAGUAUAUAAAACUGAUUACUAUAACAAGAUCAACUUAUGAAUAUACAUAUACUUAGCAAAGGUAGGGAAGAUGUUUGGAUAAUAGUAACCAAUUAAGUUUAAAAAGGGAAAGGCUCCAGAGCAAAUAAUCCAAUGAACUAGAUACCUCAUACACAAGUAGAAAGAAGGCUUAAGAUUAUGCAAUGUUGUCUGUAACUAUCUGGCUGCUGGAGGGGAGGAGGAAAAUAUUUCUUUAGUCAACAAAAAAUCACAAGAAUUAUGUCUAUACCAAAUUUAGGUCAGAGCAAGCCCUAGCAUGGUAUCCCACAAUGGAGGAUAUUCUACAGGAGCAACUAUUCUCAUUAUACAUAUGCAAGAGAAAGUUACAUUCUUGUUUACUUCAAAAUUUGUGCACGUCUAUUUGUGUAUUAAUAAUUGAUUUGCUUAUCUGAAGUUGAAAUGAAAAUUACAUGCUUGAUGUUA